AUGGAAAAACAUGAUAUUUUCCCUCCCCGGGGAUCAGAUUUCGGCAGCGGCGGCGUAGCUCCGAUCACCGACCAAGAACUGAUCCCUUUCCCGCCUUCCAACACCUUUCAUCACGACCCACAUACGGAGGAGGAUAGCUUGUGUAUCCAGGGAACGCUUGGAGAUCUAUUCCCAGUGACGUCAUCAUCAUCAUCGCUAGAUGCGUCACUAUCGGUGGAAGAUUUGGUUAGGAUCGCCGCAUCGAAGUUCGUGGGAUCCCACUGGAACUAUGCGAUGCCGUCGAUUGUGGCCGACAUCACGCUCUCUGACGAGCAGUCAGAGAGCGUGGAGCUCACGGGGCUCCUCCUCGAAGCUUGUCAGAGCGUCGAUAUUCGUCGAUUCGAUGCUGCCAGGACACUGCUAGAGCAGUGCCACUGGCGGUCGUCCCCUGUGGGGAACCCGAUCCAGAGGCUGGUCUUCUACUACUCGCAGGCUCUGAGGACUCGGAUUGAGAGGGAGACCGGGCGGAUUGUGGCAGGAGAAGUGGCCAAAGAGCAAUCAUUUGAAUUUUAUAAAGCGGUGAUGAACCCGAGCGUCCAGUCGGCCGAGUUCCAUAGGAGAAUGCCCUUCUCUCAGGUCGCACAGUUUGCCGGGAUGCAAGUCAUUGUGGAGCACGUGGAGGGCGCCAGAAGGAUUCACGUUGUCGAUCUCGCACUCAGGAACGGACAACAGUGGACCAUCCUAAUGCAAGCCCUAGCAGCCCGGUCGAAACGACGUCGUGUUCGUUUCUUCAAAAUAACCGCAGUGGCGACUCUAGGGAAACAUGCAAUCGAACAAACGGGGGAAAGGCUCGUCAGCUUCGCGGAAAGCCUGGGCGUUCCGUGCAACUUCGAAGUGGUUGUGGUCCCCGACCUAGCUCAGUUAAGUCGGGACCACAUACGAGUGGAGGCUGGCUAUGUCGUAGCUGUGUAUGCCGACUAUAUGGUCAACACUCUGACCAAACCUCCAGACCGGCUUGACUCUCUAAUUCGAGUGGUUCAAAGUUUGAACCCGCGUGUCAUGGUGGUUGGGGAGGUGGAAGGGAACAUGAACUCACCCGUGUUCGUGGACCGGUUUGUGGAAUCAUUGUUCUAUGCGAGUGCAUUUUUCGAUUGCAUGGAGGAAUGCAUGGGAAGAGAUGAGUCGAUGAGGAAGUAUGGGGAGGCGAUGCUGUUUGGGGAGUCGAGCAAGAUCAUUUUGGCGAACGAAGGACGAGAGAGGAUCGUUAGGAACAUGAAGGUGGACGUUUGGAGGACUUAUUUUCGACGGAUGGGAAUGGUGGAGAAGGAGAUGAGCCGGUCUUCGGUAUAUCAUGCAGACCUAGUGGCUAAGAAGUUGCCGUGUUGGGCGCCAUGUACAGUGAAGAAGGACGGAAAGGGCUUGGUGAUUGGAUGGAAGGGUACACAAAUUAAUUCUGUUACUGCUUGGGGUUUUAAGUGA